AUGUCAGUGCUGAACGCUUGCCACUUUAUUUUCAGCGUCGAAGUGCAGAGACUCUGGUGCGUGGAUCAGCAGGAACUCUUCUUGUCGUCUCACACGUUUAACGGUGUGCGCGGGAGCGACAAGUGCGUCAAGGUGCAGGGUUCUCACCUCCGAAGCGGAUAA